ACUUUGGUUUUUUUGGGGACGGUCUUCCUCAACAAUUGUGUAGUCUGUGGUUACGCUCCUACAUAUUUUCAGUCGGAUUCUUACAACCCUGGCUGCCCGCACUUUCGCAUUUCCUUAUCAGGAUCCCGGAGCUUAGAUCGGACUAAAGCGAUUGGCGUUUGCAAAUCAUAGAAAUUUUGGUUUUGAUCAUACACAUCAACGAGAGUCACUGGCACUCUAUUCUGCUGGGCUCAAGCUCUAGCACCCCCCAAUUGACCUCCCCAGCCCUCGAGCGACCCGUACCCCUCACAAUCAGCCCCUCCACUCUCAAUCGCCGAGACUCUUGAGCUCGCACGCUCAAGUGUUCAAUCGCCUGCAAUGGCUCUCUGCGGGCGUCUGGCACGCCGCGUACCUACUUCGACGAGCCAAUUUCGCUCGCUAGCACCUUCUGCGGCCUCUCGAAGCUUCACAUCACGAGUUGCCAGGCCUUUGGCGUCUCUCCGCGCGCCGGGCGAGUCACCUGCGGCUCUGCGACAGCUGCGGGCAUUCUCCAAGGUCUCCGCAACAUGGAACACAACCCAAGAAGCGCCAAAUGCCAAUGCAUACUUCAACAGCGGCGCAAUCUCUGGCGCACAGAAUUUGGUGGACGUGAAGAAGGUUUUGGUUAUUGGUAGUGGCGGUCUCAGUAUCGGACAGGCUGGAGAGUUCGAUUACUCAGGUUCGCAAGCGCUCAAGGCUUUGAAAGAAGCUGGCGUCAAGUCGGUCCUCAUCAACCCCAAUAUCGCAACCAUCCAAACGUCGCACGUGCUCGCCGAUGAAAUCUACUACCUGCCAGUCACCCCCGAAUACACCGAAUAUGUCAUUCAGAAAGAGAAGCCUGACGGCAUCUUCCUCAGCUUCGGUGGCCAGACCGCGCUGAACUUGGGCGUGCAAAUGAACAGGGCGGGUCUCUUCGAGAAGUACGGCGUCAAGGUUCUUGGAACAAGCGUCAAGACUCUCGAGACGAGCGAGGAUCGUGACCUGUUUGCGCGUGCUCUGGACGAAAUUGACAUUCCCAUCGCCAAGUCAAUCGCUGUCUCCACUGUCGACGAGGCCCUCGACGCGGCGGAGAAGGUCGGAUACCCCAUCAUUGUCCGUGCUGCAUACGCGCUCGGUGGUCUUGGAUCUGGUUUUGCCAACAACCCUGAAGAGCUCAGGAACUUGUCAGCCCGAUCGCUUACCUUGUCGCCCCAGAUUCUGGUUGAGAAAUCAUUGAAGGGCUGGAAGGAGGCCGAGUACGAGGUUGUGCGCGAUGCAAGCGACAACUGCAUCACCGUCUGCAACAUGGAGAACUUCGAUCCGCUCGGCGUGCACACUGGUGACAGCAUCGUUGUGUCGCCUAGUCAGACGUUCAGCGACGAGGAGUACCACAUGCUCCGAUCCGCAUCCAUCAAGAUCGUGCGACACUUGGGCGUGGUUGGCGAGUGCAAUGUUCAGUACUGUCUCCAGCCAGAUGGCCUCGACUACAGGGUCAUUGAAGUCAACGCUCGUUUGUCUCGUUCUUCUGCGCUGGCUUCCAAGGCAACCGGCUACCCAUUGGCAUACACUGCGGCAAAGAUUGGUCUUGGACACACUCUGCCUGAGCUACCAAACGCUGUUACCAAGACCACCACCGCGAACUUCGAGCCCAGCUUGGACUACGUCGUCACGAAGAUGCCUCGAUGGGAUCUGGCAAAGUUCCAGAACGUCAAGCGUGAUAUUGGUAGCUCCAUGAAAUCGGUCGGUGAGGUCAUGGCUAUUGGCCGCACAUUCGAAGAGUCGUUCCAGAAGGCCUGCCGACAAGUCGACCCCAAGUUCCUUGGAUUCGAGGGCGAGAAGUACGGAGAAAACCUUGACGACGAACUCGCGAACCCCACAGACCGCCGAUGGCUUGCUGUCGGUCAGGCCCUGUUCCACGAGGGCUACACCGUCGACCGGGUCCACGACCUGACCAAGAUCGACAAGUGGUUCUUGCACAAGCUCCAGAACAUCGUCGACUGCACACAUGAGCUUGAGGAAAUAGGCAGCCUCUUUGGCCUCAAGAAGGAGGUUAUUUUGAAGGCUAAGAAGCUCGGUUUCUCGGACAAGCAGAUCGCGAAGGCUGUCAACAGCUCUGAGGACGAGGUUCGCGCACGCAGGAAGAGCUUUGGCAUCAGGCCUUGGGUCAAGAAGAUUGACACAUUGGCUGCCGAAUUCCCCGCGGAUACUAACUAUCUUUACACCACCUACAACGCCUCGUCGCACGAUGUCACAUUCGACGACCACGGUAUCAUCGUUCUUGGAAGCGGUGUCUACCGUAUUGGAAGCUCUGUCGAGUUUGAUUGGUCGGCUGUCAAUGCGACAAUGGCUCUCAACAAGCUCGGCAAGAAGACUGUCAUGAUUAAUUAUAACCCGGAGACUUACAGCACAGAUUUCGACGUUGCCGACAAGCUGUACUUUGAGGAGUUGAGCUACGAGCGUGUGAUGGACAUCUACGAGCUUGAGACGGCGAGCGGUGUCGUGGUCUCGGUGGGUGGCCAGCUUCCUCAGAACAUUGCUCUCAAGCUCCAGAACUCCGGUAAGGCCAAGGUGCUUGGAACUGACCCCGAGGAUAUCGACAAGGCCGAGGACCGCCACAAGUUCUCCUCCAUCUUGGACUCUAUCGGUGUGGAUCAGCCGGCUUGGAAGGAGCUUACAUCGUAUGAAGAUGCGAAGAAGUUUGCUCUGGAUGUCGGAUACCCUGUCCUCGUCCGACCAUCAUACGUUCUUUCGGGUGCGGCAAUGACUGUCAUCCGUAGCGAAAACGAGCUUGAGGAAAAGCUGCUCGCUGCCUCCUCCGUCUCUCCCGACCACCCUGUAGUCAUCACCCAGUACAUUGAUGGUGCUCAGGAGAUCGAUUGCGACGCUGUAGCCUCCCACGGUAAGGUCCUUGUGCACGCUGUGAGUGAGCACAUUGAGAACGCUGGUGUCCACUCCGGUGAUGCAACUCUCGUCCUCCCACCGGUCAACCUCGACAAGAGGAUUCAGGAGCGUGUCAAAGAGAUUGCGGACAAGGUCGCCAAGGCCUGGAGCAUCACCGGUCCCUUCAACAUGCAGAUCAUCAAGGAGGAAGUUGAGGGCGCCGAGCCCAACCUCAAGGUUAUCGAGUGCAACCUCCGCGCUUCCCGUUCGUUCCCCUUCGUCAGCAAGGUUCUCGGCACAAACUUCAUCGACGUCGCCACCAGGGCGCUUGUCGGCCGCGAUGUUCCCGAACCUGUUGACCUCAUGGCCGUCGAGAGGAACUACCUCGCCACCAAGGUCCCUCAAUUCUCGUGGACCAGAUUGGCAGGUGCUGACCCCUUCCUCGGCGUCGAGAUGUCUUCUACCGGUGAGAUGGCCUGCUUUGGAAAGGAUCUCAUCGAGGCGUACUGGACAUCUGUACAAUCGCAGAUGAACUUCCGUCUGCCCAACCCCGGGGAGGGUCUUCUCUUCGGCGGUGACGCGACCGCUGGCUCCCUUACUGCCAACUCGCUGAUCCAGAUUGCCAAAUACAUCUCUCCGCUCGGCUACAAGUUCUUGGCCGCUAACAAGGACAUCAAGGCCUUGCUCGAGGAGAAUGCCGAGGGUGUAAAGGUCGAGGUCAUCGAGUUCCCUGUGGAAGACAAGAGGGCGCUGCGUGAGGUGUUUCAGAAGUACGAUAUCCGCGGUUGCUUCAACCUGGCCAAGUUCAGGGCCAAUGGCCUGCUAGACGAGGACUACGUUAUGAGGAGGAACGCGGUGGACUUUGGUGUGCCGCUGUUUAUGGAGCCCAAGACUGCCACACUCUUCGCCCAGUGCAUGAGCGAGAAGCUGCCCAAGAAGGACGGCAUCCCGAGCGAAGUCAGGUCGUGGAGCGAUUUCGUCGGCGGACGAGCGUUGUAGACAACCAUUCUGCAUAUCGAAGUCACGAAUACAAAAUGAAAGAAGAGAGAUAGACAUGCGCCGGGGUCAGCUAGUCAGAUACCCGAUUCGAGGAUGAGAGGAGAUGUGGAAGGAAAUCUUGGUCACAUACGUGUGAGCAUUCCCGGCCCAUAGUCGGUCAGUUGCGACUGCAACGUCAGUUCUUUAGAGGAGUUGGGAGGGGGCUGUCAUGUGCGUGUAUGUGUAGUUGUGAGGUCAUUUCGUUGAUGUCAAAUCUUCACUUUCCAGCUUGCUCAACACAGC